AUGUCUUCACCACAUCGAGCUUCAUCAUGAACCCAAAUGAAAGACCCAGACCCCAGACGUAAAGAUUUUAUCAAGCAAAUCUAUUUCGCUUUAGUUAUUCAAUGCUCUAUUACUGUUACUAUUGCAUCAGUCUCUCUCGCUUCAAAUACCCUCAGGAAAUGAUUUUUAGCGAAUUAUUGAUUCUGGAUCCUAAACGUCGGAAUUGUUCUUUUAUCCUCCCUUAUCGCUUUAUUUGUAAAAAAUCUUAAACAAGACUUCCCUCAAAAUAUCAUCAUUUUCAGCAUUUUUUCAGUCUCCAAAAGCUUCAUGGUGGUUUGUGUGACUGCUUAUUUUGAUCCUUUAUGUGUAUUUAUAGGAGUUUUAAUGGAAAUGGCAGUGAGCUUGGGAAUGUAUGGAUAUGUUUAUUAUACGCAUUACAAUUUCAGAGGAAUUUAUGCGAUUUUGUUUGGGACUUUGAUUUCUUCAAUUUUAUUUAACUUUUAUUUUAAUGGAAGAUUCGGAAAGUAAUGUUUCCUAUUCUUCUUCUUCUUUUUGUGAAGAAAACGAAGCUUUACAGGAUGAAUUUUUCGAACUUUUACUAUUAAAUGAACUUAUUGAUACAGGAUUACUUGAUAAUUCUGAAUCAGAGUAUGAAUGAAAUGAUAGUGAUGCAGAAAAUGUUGAUACAGAUGACAAAAUAUUGGAGUUUUUAAGUCGUUUAGAUGGAAAAAUACUAGAUGAAAUAGAUCCUAUUCAGGAAAAACUUCAAAUAUAGGAAGACUGAGGUGAUCAUUGAUGAUAAGAAGACAAUCGAUAAGAAAAUCCUGAACACCAGAAAAAUAAAAAUUAGAUCAGAUUCAAAUUUUAUCAGAAAAAUAAAAUUGAUAUCAGAAUCAAACAUUAUCAGGAAAAUAAAAUUUAGAUCAGAUUCAAAUUUCAUCAGAUAUAGAAAAUUCAUAUCAGACUCAGAAAUCGAAAAAAUCGCGGAUUACGUGGAUUCAGAAAAUUUUACUAAAAUUUUAUCCAAAGAUUUUAGGAAAAGAAGAAAGUUAAAAAAUUUUUAAUCGGGACAUGGCCCUGAAAUAAAGGCCUUUAAGUAAUAAAGAUUUCUCUCUCUCUCAAUUUUAUUUGCUUUAUUUAUGGGAUUUUUUGGAGACUCAAGGCCUAUAAAAAUUUUAAUCUGUUUUUUAUUGUCAGUUAUUUUUGCAAUAUAUGUGGGCAUUGAUACAGAAUUAAUAGAAAGUGGGAGAUAUUCUUUGUCAUCUCAGCAAUAUCUGUAUGGGCUUUUAUGCGUGUAUAUUGAUAUGAUAUUUUUGCCUGCUGGGUAUCUUUUAAGCCUAUGUAAUUUCAAAACAUAA